AGAAGGCGGGCUCGCUCAGAGGCGGGGUCUCGGCCCCAUUCGGAUGACGUGCGCGUAGAAGUAUCGCGGGAAGACGAAGGGAGCGUAACUCUUAGAAGUCACUAUGGUGACGGGGAGAUCCGGAGGCUUCUUGGUAACUGGUACCAACUAUUUGUGAGCAAUCACCACCGCUUUCCUGGAACUUAAGGUGUGUGCUUCGUGGAGCAUCAUUUUCUGUCUUCGCUGGCGGCAGUGGGGGCUCUGGGUGUAGCUUUUGAAAUGUGAAGGAGGAAGCCCCUGAGUUUGAAGGGAGUAGAGAGACAAUUCGAAGACUUGGAUUAGUAUAGCUUAGUCCACAUAAAAUAGAAUCAAGUGGCAUCUGAAAUUUUUGCUGGAAGUGGAGUCAUGAGACUGAAGAUAUCUCUUUUAAAAGAACCAAAGCAUCAAGAAUUAGUAAGCUGUGUGGGCUGGACUACUGCUGAAGAGCUGUAUUCAUGCAGUGAUGAUCACCAGAUAGUGAAGUGGAACUUGUUAACUAGUGAAACAACUCAAAUAGUAAAGCUUCCUGAUGAUAUUUACCCUAUAGAUUUUCACUGGUUUCCGAAAAGUUUGGGUGUAAAGAAGCAAACCCAGGCAGAAAGCUUUGUCCUCACGAGUUCUGAUGGUAAAUUUCAUCUGAUUUCCAAGUUAGGAAGAGUGGAAAAAAGUGUAGAAGCUCACUGUGGAGCAGUACUUGCAGGAAGAUGGAAUUACGAAGGAACAGCAUUAGUUACAGUUGGAGAAGAUGGACAAAUAAAAAUUUGGUCAAAGACUGGGAUGCUUAGAUCAACUUUAGCUCACCAAGGAACACCAGUGUAUUCAGUAGCAUGGGGCCCUGAUUCAGAAAAUGUUCUUUUUACAGCAGGAAAGCAACUAAUCAUUAAACCUCUUCAACCAAAUGCUAAAGUUUUACAGUGGAAAGCUCAUGAUGGCAUUAUUUUAAAAGUAGAUUGGAACUCAGUCAAUGAUCUUAUUUUAUCUGCUGGUGAAGACUGUAAAUAUAAGGUAUGGGAUAGUUAUGGCCGCCUCCUGUACAAUUCACAACCUCAUGAGCAUCCUAUUACUUCAGUUGCCUGGUCUCCAGAUGGAGAAUUAUUUGCUGUUGGAUCAUUUCAUACUUUACGCUUGUGUGAUAAAACUGGGUGGUCAUACACAUUAGAAAAACCGAACACUGGCAGCAUAUUUAAUAUUGCGUGGUCUAUUGAUGGCACUCAGAUUGCUGGAGCCUGUGGAAAUGGACAUGUUGUUUUUGCACAUGUGGUGGAACAACAUUGGGAGUGGAAAAAUUUUCAAGUAACAUUAACUAAAAGAAGGACCAUGCAGGUUCGUAACGUUCUUAAUGAUGCAGUGGAUUUACUGGAAUUCCGUGAUAGAGUCAUUAAAGCAUCUUUGAACUAUGCACAUUUAGUGGUUUCAACGUCUCUUCAAUGUUAUGUGUUCUCCACAAAGAACUGGAAUACACCAAUUAUAUUUGAUCUCAAAGAAGGAACUGUUAGUUUAAUUCUACAGGCAGAAAGACAUUUUCUUCUUGUAGAUGGUAGUAGUAUCUAUUUAUAUUCGUAUGAAGGGCACUUUAUUUCAUCUCCAAAAUUUCCUGGGAUGAGAACAGAUAUUCUGAAUGCACAGACUGUAUCUUUGAGUAAUGAUACCAUAGCAAUAAGAGACAAAGCUGAUGAAAAAAUAAUCUUCCUCUUUGAGGCAUCAACUGGAAAACCAUUAGGUGAUGGGAAGUUUCUUUCUCAUAAGAAUGAAAUCUUGGAAAUUGCUCUGGAUCAAAAAGGACUUACCAAUGAUAGAAAAAUUGCUUUCAUUGAUAAAAAUAGAGAUCUCUGUAUCGCUUCUGUGAAACGAUUUGGGAAGGAAGAACAAAUUAUCAAACUUGGAACAAUGGUGCAUACCUUGGCAUGGAAUGAUGCAUGCAAUAUCCUUUGUGGACUUCAAGAUACUCGAUUUAUAGUGUGGUAUUACCCCAAUACAGUUUAUGUGGACAGAGACAUUUUGCCUAACACAUUAUAUGAAAGGGAUGCAAGUGAAUUUAGUAAAAAUCCCCAUAUUAUGAGUUUUGUUGGAAAUCAAGUAACUAUUAGAAGAGCUGAUGGCUCCCUGGUUCACAUUAGCAUAUCACCAUAUCCUGCUAUUCUCCAUGAAUAUGUAAGCAGUUCAAAAUGGGAAGAUGCCGUAAGACUUUGUCGCUUUGUUAAGGAGCAAACCAUGUGGGCUUGUCUAGCUGCUAUGGCAGUUGCUAAUCGAGAUAUGACUACUGCAGAAAUAGCCUAUGCAGCAAUUGGUGAAAUUGAUAAGGUUCAGUACAUCAAUUCUAUAAAAAAUCUUCCAUCUAAAGAAUCAAAAAUGGCCCACAUACUACUGUUCAGUGGGAACAUACAGGAGGCUGAAAUAGUACUUCUUCAGGCUGGCCUUGUUUAUCAAGCAAUCCAGAUCAAUAUUAAUCUGUACAACUGGGAAAGGGCAUUGGAAUUGGCUGCAAAAUACAAAACACAUGUUGAUACAGUUCUUGCUUACCGUCAAAAGUUUUUGGAGACAUUUGGUAAACAGGAAACUAAUAAACGAUUCUUGCAUUAUGCAGAAGGACUCCAAAUAGAUUGGGAGAAAAUCAAAGCCAAGAUCAAGAUGGAAAUUACAAAAGAACAAGAGCAAUCUUCAAACAGCCAAUCCAGCAAGAAUAUGGGUCUAAAACUCUAAAUGCCAUGCUUAUCUUUAAGAAGUUUUAUCUUUUGAAACAAAUUCUGAUUAAUCAAGAAUAAGCAUGUUUUGGUUCCUAAAGAAAAAAAGCUUAAUUUAUAAAUAAGUACUUGCUGUGUAUUUAAUGUAAAACUAUAUUCAGAAAGGUGAAACACAAAAUAAUUGAUGUACUUCUUUAUAUUUUUUAGUCCAAUAAUUAGCAAAGCAUUACUGUAUACUUAAGAUAUACCUGUGUAAUGUUGAUUAUAUUUCAGUUUUUUGCCUAUUACUUCAUCCCUGAAUCUUUAGCAUGAACAAAUAUUAAUGUUGAUAAUAAAACAUUGUACUUUUUGAAAUAUAUGUUACCAUUAAUUUCUAUUUGACCUCUAAAUUCUAAAGUGCCUGGAAAAGUUUAUUUAUAGAACAAAAAUACAUUCGGAGGCCGGGCACGGUGACUCACGCCCAGCACUUUGAGAGGCCGAGGCAGGCGGAUCACCUGAGGCCAGGAGUUUGAGACCAGCCUGACCAACAUGGAGAAACCAGCUUAGGUAAGUUCAUAGAGACGGAAAGGAGAACAGUGGUUACCAGAGACUGCAGGGAGGAGGAAAUGGGGGGCUUAUUGUUUAACAGGUACAUAGUUUCUGUUUGGGAUGAACAGAUUCUGAAAUGGAUAGCCAUGAUGGCUUCUCAGCAUUGUGAAUGUUAGUGCCAUUGAAUUGUACCCAUAAAAAUGGUUAAAAUGGUAAAUUUUGCUAUGUAUAUAUUGUCAUAAUUUCAAAAAUAUAUCUAGAAUGGCAAGAAGGAUUCUCCUCAUUCCUCUCUUGACUUGAGAAUGGCCAGGCAAUAAGCCCUGAAGUACUUUCAUAGGUGAUAAACGGUUUGAUUACUCUUAAUUUAGUAUGUCCCGAAGUUAUUAUCGCAUAAUCUUUUAAAUAAUAAAACAAAUACCUCUUAGAAAGUCUUCUGUGAACCCAUUUCUAGAAAUGGUACAUUAUAGAGUGGGUAUAUGCAUAUAUAUGGGAUUAUGUAUAAAUAUGUUACAGAUACACACACACACACACACACACACACACACAGGGAUAGAGGAAUUACUGCUCUUAACUCCCAUUUUAAUUACUAUGUCUAGGAUUUUAAAAUAAAAAUCGUUUUCUUUA